AACACAAACUCAAUAUUCGUAAAGAAAUUAAUGAUUUUACGCAUAUUAAGGAUGUCGAUAAUAAAGAUCAACUAAAUGAAAAUAUAGAUGAAAGAUUAAGUCUUUUGAUAGAACACUUUCAUGAUUUCACAAUUAAUGAUAAUCAAAAAAAAAUCUUA